AUGCCGGACAGCCCGAACGGCAACUCGACCGCCCUAAAGGCUCAUGCAUGUGUCCUUUGCCAGAGGAGAAAGGUCAAAUGUAACCGACGCGAACCAUGCGCAUCUUGUGCUAAAGCACGAGUGGACUGUGAAUAUCGAGCACCGCUUCCACCACGAAGACGGAAAAGGAAAGAUCCCGAGUCUGCAUUGGCGGCUCGUAUCCAACACUAUGAAUACGCAUUGCGAAAAGCCGGGAUUGAUUUGUCUUCAGUUGAGCCAGAUAGGCCUCAGAAGUUGAAUUCUAUCAAUACAGUGGAAUCCGAAAGCAGUCAAGGCACUCCGAGGCCCCGUGGUAACCCUAGUAUCUUCUCGGAUGCAACACCUGGAAACACUUCUAGACCAGGGUCAGGCAGAUUGGUGACGAGAAAAGGAAGGUCUCUUUACCUUGACAAUCAUCUGUGGAAGAGCGUUAGCCACGAGGUGUGA